AUGAACCAUCAGGAGCCAGAGCAGGAGCCAGAGCAGGAGCCAGAGGAGGAGCCAGAGCAGGAGCCAGAGCAGGAGCCAGAGCAGGAGCCAGAGGAGGAGCCAGAGCAGGAGCCAGAGCAGGAGCCACAGAGGGAGCGAGAGCAGGAGCCACAGAGGGAGCCAGAGCAGGAGCCACAGAGGGAGCCAGAGCAGGAGCCAAAGCAGGAGCCAGAGCAGGAGCCAGAGCAGGAGCCAGAGCAGGAGCCACAGAGCCAGCCAGAGCAGGAGCCAAAGCAGGAGCCAGAGCAGGAGCCAGAGCAGGAGCCAGAGCAGGAGCCACAGAGGGAGCCAGAGCAGGAGCCAAAGCAGGAGCCAGAGCAGGAGCCAGAGCAGGAGCCAGAGCAGGAGCUAGAGCAGGAGCCAGAGCAGGAGCCAGAGCAGGAGCCAGAGCAGGAGCCAGAGCAGGAGCCACAGAGGGAGCCAGAGCAGGAGCCAAAGCAGGAGCCAGAGCAGGAGCCAGAGCAGGAGCCAGAGCAGGAGCCACAGAGGGAGCCAGAGCAGGAGCCAAAGCAGGAGCCAGAGCAGGAGCCAGAGCAGGAGCAGAGCAGGAGCUAG